UCUGGAGGGGGCACAGUGCAUGGAGAAUAAAAUACAUCAAGCCUGGGUAACAAAUGAAUAUGCUGAAGCCCAGCUGCACGACAUUGUCAGAAGAAUGCAGGCAAGGACAGCAGCCUAUAAAGAAAACCUGACUGAUGCAUUAUUGUCCUCUCCUGAGGCUAGCCCGACAGCAUCUCCAUCUAAAAAGAAGCCACAGCCACUUCCCCCCCCACCACCACCACCAAAAGAAGAAAGAGAAGAAGGAGAAGCCAAGCUGGAGGAGGAUCAUUACUGUGACAUGUGUUGCUAUAAAUUCAAGAAACCUCCUCUGAAAAAAUAUCUGAAGAUAAUAAGGCUUCCAGAGAGCAUAGAUGCUUACACAGAUCAGCACUAUGUAGUGUGGCUCCUGAUUGUGACUAUAGCCUAUAACUGGAACUGUUGGUUCAUUCCACUGCGCUGUAUGUUCCCAGUUCAAACAUCAAGCAACCUAUUUUACUGGAUUAUCAUAGAUAUCCUAUGCGAUAUCUGCUACCUGUGUGACUUGCUGAUAUUCCAGCCCCGAAAGCAAUUUGUAAAAGGUGGAGAUAUAAUAGCAGACAAGGUAGAAAUGAAAGAAUUCUACCAAAAAUCUUUGAAAUUUCGGUUUGACCUGGCAUCAGUAAUACCAUUUGAUGUUCUAUACAUCUUCUUUGGGUUUAACCCCAUGUUUAGAGCCAACAGGGUAUUAAAGCAUAACACGUUCUUUGAGUUUAACGAUCGGUUGGAAGCUAUCCUGGACAAAGCAUACGUCUACAGAGUCAUUCGAACAACUGGAUACCUGCUGUUUAUCUUGCACAUUAAUGCAUGCCUUUAUUACUGGGCUUCAGACUAUGAAGGAAUUGGCAGCACCAAAUGGGUGUAUGAUGGCAAAGGAAAUAUGUACCUGAAGUGUUACUACUGGGCAAUUCGCAGUUUAAUUACCAUUGGUGGCCUUCCAGAACCACAAAACCUGUUUGAGAUAAUCUUUCAACUGCUGAAUUAUUUCUUGGGUGUCUUUGUGUUCUCCAGCUUAAUUGGUCAGAUGCGGGAUGUAAUUGGUGCAGCCACAGCAGGGCACAAUUACUAUCGUUCCUGUAUGGACAACACAGUCUCCUACAUGAACACCUAUACCAUUCCAAGAAUGGUUCAGAAUCGUGUGCGAAACUGGUAUGAAUAUACAUGGGACUCUCAAGGAAUGCUGGAUGAAUCAGAAUUAGUGGAGCAGAUGCCAGCCAAAAUGCAGCUAGCCAUUGCUAUUGAUGUGAACUUUGCCAUUGUCAAUAAAGUUGACUUAUUCAAAGGGUGUGAUACUCAAAUGAUUUACGACGUUCUGCUAAGAUUGAAAUCCAUUGUGUAUUUACCUGGUGACUUUGUCUGCAAAAAGGGAGAGAUUGGCAGAGAAAUGUACAUCAUCAAACAGGGAGAAGUUCAUGUUCUUGGAGGCCCUGAUGGCACAAAAAUCCUUGUUACUCUGAAAGCAGGAGCAGUAUUUGGGGAGAUCAGCCUGUUAGCAGCAGGUGGAGGAAAUCGACGGACUGCUAACGUGGUAGCACAUGGAUUUGCCAACCUUUUUAUUCUAGACAAGAAGAGCCUCCAUGAAAUCUUGGUGCACUAUCCUGACUCCAAAAGGAUCCUGAUGAAGAAGGGAAGGGUGCUGCUGAAGGAGAAGGGCAAGCCUAGUGAUGGUCCAAACCAGCAAGCAAGAGGUUUGGCUAGCUUAUUUGGCCCCAAACCCCAAACUCCUAAACUGUUCAGAGCACUACUUGGAAAUUCAAGCAAAGAAGGCAUUGGUAUGCUGCUCAAGUUGAAGAUAAAGCAAGCAGACCAGGAAAAGAAACCUGACCCAGAGGAAAAGAAACCCAAGGCAGAAGCAGAACCCCAAACCCCAAGUGAACAAAAGGAAGAGCCGCUUGCGAAUUCUCAGCCUCUACCCAACUCAGGUUUGCAUAGAGAAAUCACUAACAAGUCUCUUAUCAUUACCAUGUCUCCUUCCACCACAGCAGGAGAAGGAGAGAUUCUUACUGUUGAAGUCAAAGAAAAAAAGCAGGAGUAG